AAUAAGAAAGAUUUCAAUGGAGCCACCUGCACCACGGUCUAUAAAUAAAAGUGUAUUUUGAGCUUGAAAAUGGGGUACUCAAUUCAUUUCAAUGAACUUGAAUGCAAUAAGUAAGUAAAUAUUGCUCUUUACCUCUCAACACUCCCUCGUCUCCACUGUCGCCCCUCUUCUCUUGUAUUUCCUUUUGGGGAUUCCGAUUUGGGAUAUGGAUACAAAGGUACUUUCCUCUGGAAUCCGAUAUUCUAACUUACCGGAAAGUUACGUCAGACCGGAAUCGGAGCGUCCCCGUUUAUCCGAAGUCUCCGAAUGUGAAGACGUCCCUGUUAUCGAUUUAGGGUGUGAGGACAGAACCCAUAUUAUUCAACAAAUUUGUCGUGCCUGCAUGCAGUAUGGAUUUUUUCAGGUAAUUAAUCACGGAGUUUCCAAAGAAACAGUUGAAAAAAUGUUGCAAGUGGCACAUGAUUUCUUUGAGUUGCCAUUAGAGGAGAAACUGAAGCUUUACUCCGAUGACCCUUCUAAAACAAUGAGACUUUCCACUAGUUUUAAUGUGAAUAAAGAGAAGGUUCAUAACUGGAGAGAUUAUCUAAGAUUACACUGCUACCCUCUUCACAAAUAUGUCCCUGAGUGGCCUUCAAAUCCUCCUCCUUUCAAGAAUAUUGUAAGUAAUUACUGUGUAGAAGUUCGAGAACUUGGGUAUAGAUUACAAGAAUUAAUAUCUGAGAGCUUGGGCUUGGAAAAAGACUACAUUAAGAAUGUUCUUGGUGAGCAAGGCCAGCAUAUGGCUGUCAACUAUUACCCACCAUGUCCCGAACCAGAGCUGACUUAUGGAUUGCCUGGACAUACAGACCCCAAUGCUCUUACAAUUUUGCUUCAGGACUUACAAGUUGCGGGACUCCAAGUACUCAAAGACGGCAAAUGGCUCGCCGUUAAUCCUCAACCGGAUGCUUUUGUUAUUAACAUCGGUGAUCAAUUACAGGCGUUGAGUAAUGGGAGGUACAAGAGCGUGUGGCAUCGAGCGGUCGUGAAUGCCAAUAAGGAAAGGAUGUCAGUUGCUUCUUUCCUCUGCCCAUUUGACCGUGCCUUGAUCAGCCCCGCAAAGCCUCUCACUGAGGACGGAUGUGGAGCUGUAUACAGGGAUUUUACUUAUGCAGAGUACUACAGUAAGUUUUGGAGCAGGAACUUGGACCAAGAACAUUGUUUGGAACUUUUCAAAAAUUAAUAUCGGCUUUCGUCUCUGCCUGCUUCGGAUGCUUGACUUCUAUUGUUUCCACAGACUUGUCGGUUUUACUUGAAUGCAUGUAUAUUACUGCAGAAUCACUAGACGGCCCCUAUUAUUAUUAUUGUUGUUAUUAUUACUAUUCAUUGCAGUACGCCAUUUUUAAUGCAGCAUAUUGCUGUAUUGCUGGCCAUCAUUGCAGCCAUUUUAGCAAGCCUACUCUGUAACAUAUGAUCUAUAUGUAGCAUGGGAUUGUUUUGUACUGAUAUUGCACUUAUCUUUAUUAUUGUAUUCAAGCAUACAGCACAACAUUAUCUGUAAUAAAAUGAUUUUAUGCAGAUGAUUUAUAUUAUCUUUUAUGAAAAAGGUUCUUGCUGUUCCUGAAACGUUCCAGAUAAUUCGAGCUGAGCCAGCUAUCUAUAGCUUUUCUGCCUACAGGCAACAUUUGCCACUGCAAAGCGAACUGGAUGCUGGAUUCACGAAGUUAUAUACUGAUUUAGCUGUCAGGAUUUGACAAUGAUUUCCCGAGUUUUGCAGAAAGAAAACGGCAGCAAAGAAAAGGGGUAUUUAAACAAUCAUCUUCUCCAUGAAUCAUUCUCAAAAUAGAGGCUUCAUGCCUUUUUAACUUUGUUUAAUAGUUACAGUAAGGUAGUGGAUAUAAUAUGGUAUUUCUUCUACGUAAAAACCAUGAAAUUUCAUUCUUUAUUGUUUUCUGUCAGACAAAAAGUAUGUAAUUCCAGAAAAUCCACCUUUGAGACAACAAUCACCAAGCUUCAGAAUCCAAAAGCAUGUAAGAUUCAAACACUUUUGAGAAACUCCAUGAUGUUGGUGCCAAAAGCGGAACAUGUGAUUUGGAAGCCUUGAAAUCCCGCACCCUUUGCGAGUGCCUCGAAUUCCUUUGCGGUCCUCUCUUUCCCACCAGGGUUGUGAGCCAACAUAAUGCAAUCAAUAUGGACAACCAACUUCGUGGCAAGGC